AUGUCCUCCAUCAUUGCCCGCUCCUCCUUCCGCGCCGCCCCGCGCCUCGUCCGCCCGGCUCCCGCCCUCCGCCGCUGGGCUACCAGCGCCGCCGCAGAGGGCGAGAGGCAGCGCAGCAAAGAGGCCCUCAAGGCGGGCGCAAAGCGCGACCCCGAGCUCUACGUGCUUCUGGCCAUUAUGAGCGGCAUCUUUGGCCUUGCGGGAUGGCAUUUCUCCCGCUCCCCCACCAGCGCUUCUUCUGAGCGAACCGUUGCCAAGGCUACCGGCAGUGAGCCCUGGAACCGUGACGAUAUCAGCCACAGCCCUUACCAGUACCACCCUGGCGGCGACACCAGCAUCAAGAAGGACGCUCCUUCGGCUCUCAACGUUGUCGUUAUCCCCAACGUCACCCUCCCCAAGGAACUCCACGACACCUACAACAAGUGGGGCAAGGACGGCUACUAA